AUGUCUAAUCAAAUUCAGCAUCCAGUUAACAACAGUAAUGAUAAUCAUAUCCCCGGAGUAGAACUGACUUGGGCGUGGACAAUCGACAAAAUUAAAACAGCCACUGAUGAUAUGAUUGUAAAAUCUAAGUUAAUACAUGAUAAAGUUGGCGGUUUGAAAUAUGAUGACGUUAAUUACGAUACCGUAGUCAAGCCUUUAGCAAGUGAUGCCAUAGAAUACGAGGUCCAUCGAAGCAACGUGGUUUUUAUACAACAAGUAUUUACUGACAAAGAACUCAGGGAUGCAAGUGUUGAAGCUGACAAAAAAUUAUCUGAAUUUGAUGUGGAAAUGAGCAUGCGUCAAGAUGUAUUUGAUACGAUUGUAACAUUCUUUGAAAAGAAUCGAAACACUUUAGAUGCAGAGACCAAACGUUGGGCUGAACGUCUUAUUAAAUUAGGACGUAAAAAUGGUUUACAUUUACCCAAGGAAACUCAAGAUAAAAUAAAGGAAAUUAAGAAAAGAAUCAGUGAAUUGUGCAUAGAGUUUAGCAAAAACAUCAAUGAAUACAAUCCCAUAAUUGAACUGACAUCAGAAGAAUUAUUGGGAAUGCCUGAAUCUUUUAUAACUUCUCUUGAAAAAACAGAAGAUGGAAAACAUAAAGUGACUCUCAAAUAUCCACAUUAUUUUCCCAUCAUGAAGAAAGCUCAUAAUCCUGAAGUGAGAAAGAGAAUGGAAUUUGCCUUUCAUACCAGAUGUAUCAAAGAGAAUAUUCCAAUCCUUGAAGAGGUUGUAAAACUUAGACAUAAGAUAGCAGUUUUGUUAGGUUUCAAGACACAUGCAGCUUCAGUUUUGGAUAUGCGGAUGGCCAAGAAUCAUGAAGCUGUUCAAAAAUUUUAUAGUGAACUUAUUCCAAAGCUAAAAGUCCUUUUGGCUAAGGAACUGAAAGCCUAUAAGCAAUACAAAGAGCUGAUGUGUAACACCUAUAACUUUGAAUAUGAUGGCAAAAUAAACAAAUGGGAUGUUCGAUAUUGUAUGAAUUUAUUAGAAGAACGUGAAUAUGCAAUUGAUGAGGACAAACUACGAGAAUAUUUUCCUCUCCCACGUGUAACAGAAGGCCUUUUUGACAUUUACCAGGAAUUACUUGGUUUAAAGUUUAAAAAAGUUGAAAAUGCUGAAGUCUGGCAUCCUGAUGUUUCUAUGUACAGUGUUAGAGAUGCUGACACAGAUGAACUGCUUGGUUACUUUUACAUGGAUUUAUUUCCAAGAAAUGGCAAAUAUACGCAUGCUGCAUGCUUUGGUCUUCAGCAAGGCUGUGAAAAUUUGGAUAGUGGAAGGAGAAUAGCUGUGGCUGCUAUGGUUGCAAAUAUGACCAUACCAACUACUGGAAAACCCUCUCUCCUAGCCCAUGAUGAGGUACAAACCUACUUUCAUGAAUUUGGACAUGUGAUGCACCAAAUUUGUACGAGAGCAAAGUACAUUCUUUUUAGUGGUGCUAAUGUUGAAAGGGAUUUUGUUGAAGCCCCAUCACAGAUGCUGGAAAACUGGGUUUGGGAAGAAGAACCUCUCCAUCGUAUGUCAAAACAUUAUGAAACUGGUGAACCAAUACCAGAUGAGCUGAUACAGAACCUGAAAAAAUCUAGAAAAGCAAAUGCAGGCAUCUUCAAUUUAAGGCAAAUUUUAAUUGGUCAAUUUGACCAGAUAAUUCACACACAGCCUGAGGCUGAUACCGAAAAAAUUCUUGAAAAACUUAGCCUGGAAUUGAUGGAAAUCCCAAACACACCUGGCACAAAUUUUUCUUCUGCCUUUAGUCAUGUUGUUGGUGGUUAUGAUGCCCAGUAUUAUGGAUACUUGUGGAGUGAAGUGUUUAGCAUGGACAUGUUUGAUACUCGAUUCAAGAAGGAAGGGAUUAUGAAUUCAAAAGUUGGCAAGGAUUAUCGGAAUUUUAUAUUAGCCCCUGGUGGAUCACUAGAUGCUGAUGAAAUGUUGCAUAAUUUCCUUGGGCGUGAACCUAAUGAAGAAGCCUUCUUAAUCAGCAAAGGUCUUUAG